GGCAGCGCCUCGGAGCGCUCGGCGGCUCCAGUCGUCGCCCAGCCCGUGCGUGCCGGAGCGCCCCGGCGAGGAUGCGCCCUCCUCUCGCCCCGGUGCCCGGCCCGGCGCUCUGAGCUCGCCCCCCCCCCCGCGGGACCAUGAAGGAGCUGCCGGGCGCCUCGCUGCAGAAGGCGUGCCGCCUCCUCGUGGUCUUCUGCGUCCUCCACCUCUCGGCCGUGCUCUUCUACUACCUGGCCGGCAGCAGCACGCGGAGCCUCCAGGGGAACCCGGAGCCCUCGCCCCGCGGCCUGGCGCCCCCGCGGCGGGAGACGACGCCGACCCUGCGCCCGGCCAACGUCUCCAGGCAGUGCCCGGACCCCUCCCCGCGGCUGGUUGGCCCGUUGCGCAUAGAGUUCUCUCAGACUGUGAACAUGAAGAAGGUGGAGGAGGAAAACUCAAACGUGAGGAACGGAGGCCGCUACACCCCAAAGGACUGCAUAGCACUGCAGAAAGUAGCUAUUAUUAUCCCAUUCAGAAACCGGGAUGAACACUUGAAAUACUGGCUGUACUAUCUGCAUCCGAUCCUUCAAAGGCAACAGCUUGAUUAUGGUAUAUAUGUAAUUAACCAGGGAGGAGACGAAACAUUCAACCGCGCGAAACUUCUGAACAUAGGCUUCACCGAAGCUUUGAAAGAAUACGAUUACAACUGCUUUGUGUUUAGCGAUGUCGAUCUGAUCCCUAUGGAUGACAGAAAUACCUACAAGUGUUACGAACAGCCCAGGCACCUCUCUGUGUCUAUGGACAAAUUUGGAUUUCGCUUGCCUUAUAAUCAGUAUUUUGGAGGUGUAUCUGCCUUGAGCAAGGUGCAAUUUGAAAAAAUCAACGGGUUUCCCAAUAAUUAUUGGGGUUGGGGAGGUGAAGACGAUGACAUUUAUAACAGGCUGGUUUUUAAAGGCAUGGGGAUCUCUCGCCCAGAUGCUACCAUCGGGAAGUGCAGAAUGAUCCACCACUCAAGAGACAACAAAAAUGAGCCCAACCCACAGAGGUUUAACAAAAUUGCUCACACAAAGGAGACAAUGAAUUUGGAUGGCUUAAACAGUCUGUCGUACACGGUGUUAAAUACUGAAAGAUUCCCCUUGUAUACAAAAAUCACAGUGGAUGUUGGGUCACCAAAAAGCUAGUAUUGAGAGACGUCACAGAAGACUUGGAAAGCUUAACCAGGGACUGUUCAUCCCAGUGGUUUUACACCUCCUGUUUUUAUUGCAACGGACAUCAUAAAUGGAUGCCUUGUGUUGCCAUUCUGAGGCACUUAUGUUUGCUGGACAAGCAAGAAUUUUAAUCCCCAAACUUUGUUGUAUAUACCGCUUUCUAGCUCUUUUUUUCCCCUUUAUAAAUUUAGAAAUUUGAAAUUAUGUCCGUCUUUGAGGGAACCGGGGAGAAGACAGGCACAGCUCGUUGAAAUGAGUGGGAACUAUGCUUGUGCAUUCAUCUUGCACGGGAGACCUUCCUGGUGGGGAUUUUCCCCACGCCUAUUUGCUGCAGUACUCUCAGUUUUUAAGUUAUUGUUGCACACAGCUGGGAACGAUUAAUGCUGGACAAACGGGAGUGUGUUUUCUGUCAUUUCAGGCCGACUUCUUUCCCCUCCCCCCUUACCGUUUAAAUUUUCAAAAUAGGUGAACAUUUAUGAAAAUGUCAGUGCUUUAGUUACAGUAUGAAGGACUGGAAC